AAUAUAAUGUUGAUUCAUCAAUCCACCAAAACAACCACUAUGUAGACAGUGUCAGUAUUUUAUCAGAUUCCUCAAACAUAGAUUAAUAUAACAUAUGCCACUUUUGCUUCAAGACCUAUAAUGCAUGGAAGAAGCAGCAUAUUUAUUCUCUGUUGAUUUGUGUAUAUAAGAAGGCUUGACUGUGUAACAAGUUACACACAUCUUUGAGCAACGAUAUGAAGAUGCAACUUGGAACAGCAACGCUUCUAGCUGUCUUCAUCAGUUUGUGUACAGCAUGCCUCAUCACCAACUGCCCAAAAGGAGGCAAAAGAGCAGGAACCCACAGUCAAGAGUUACACACUAUUAGACAGUGCGCUCGAUGUGGACCUGCAAAACUGGGGCAUUGCUAUGGCCCUGCCAUUUGCUGUGGCCCACAAAUUGGCUGCCUUGUGGCAACACCUGACACUGCCCGAUGUCUGAGUGAGGCUGCAUCUCCAGUCCCAUGUACAGCUCCCACAGGAGCCCAGUGUGGAGAAGGAAAGUUUGCUGGGCGGUGUACUGCAAAUGGAGUUUGUUGUACUCAUGAAUCCUGCCAUAUCGACAUAACUUGUCAGCUGACCACCAGUGAUGCACCAGAGCUAAUAGAUGUAAGUGCUGAUCAAACGAAUCCUCUGUACAGCCUAUAUAGUUCAUAUCAGCAAGAAAACCCAGGUCUUGGACUCAGUGAAUAAUGUUCUUACUAAAAUAUUCUUCCAUAUAUACAUUUUCUGCCCAACUACCUAUGAAAAAUUUAUAAUACAAAAAGUCCUUCUCUACAGAGAAUAAAAUGGAAAUUUGUUUUACUAACUGGCAAAGUGACUGUGCAUUUAUAUGCAAAGGGUAGCCUGAAAGUAAGUUUUCAAGGUCUUGAAAUGAUUUAAUAUUCAAUAUGGAUAAUAUGAUGACUAUGCAUGACUUGUGAACUAUUUUUCUACAUUGUUCCCAUGGAGACUGAAGUACUUACACAUCAAUGGAUGAGCUUUCCUCUCCCUUGUUUUGUUACUGCUACCACAUCAUCAGUUUUGGCCUCCCACAUGCUGCUUUGCCAGUUUUGAGCUGUUGAAGCAACAUCUAGGUUUCUCAGUAUUUAUGAGGAUUAUAUAGAAGAACAGUUUAUGAAUCACAGAGUGAUAUAUUAUAUGAGUCAAAGAUUCACUGGAUCACUUCAAGACAUUUGCUUUGUAAACUUUAGACUGUUUGUGUAUGAACUUAUAAGCAGCAUUCUAUUCUAAUAUUGAAAAUGUUGACAGAUAAACAUUUCUUGUAAAUUAAAGCAAAAAUAUUAUUUCUGCCAGUGAUCUGAAGCUAUAAUAUAAAAGAAUACAUGAUACUGUAAUUAUUUGUACAUCCACAUUAUGAAAACAAUGAUAACAUGAAUCAUUCGAUCAAUAAAAGGAAUAAUUAACA